AUGAAUUUAUUCAACAUUAACUCUUCGGAGAUAGAAGAGAAAUACUCGGAUUUACCUCAUCAGUCCGAGCCAUCACCUAUUUUAGCAUUCAUAUUCGCUGGCAUAUCGACAGCAGGUGUUAUCGGGAAUAUCGUUCUUUUAUUAUACAUAAUAGUCCACAAACUUUACCACAACUUCAUCUCAUCCCAUUUCAUUGCACAUCUUUGCUGCACUAAUCUGCUUACUUUACUAUUCCUGUUACCGAUAUUCAUUUAUACAGUUUUCACUGGCCAAAAUGUGUUCGAAGAGAGCCAGCUUCUUUGUAGAGUACAAGUUCUCUUCACCUGUACAGUCUGGACUGUCAUGACAUUGAUGGGAUUGUGCAUUGCAGGAGUACAUCUUCUUACUUUUGCCCGUAUCCACUACGAGCAACUUUUUGGUCUUGCUCCCGGAGUAUUAUGUGGGCUCUCUUGGCUCAUUAGUCUUUGCCUUGCUACUCCAGCCAUUACAAAUGGGCACAUUGUCACCUACGACGCUAACUUAAGACAUUGCAUUUGGUCUCAUUCCGACUCCGGUCUGAAAUUUCUGACAUAUCUCCUGUUCUUGGGAGUAUUCCUUCCAGCAUUGUUCGCAUCAUAUGCCUACAUAAGGGUACUUGGCAUUCUCUACCAUAGUCCUAUAGUCUUUCAAUCUCUGGGAUUAUAUAAAAGCCGCUUUUUGGUCUACGCAUUUCUCUUGAGCCCUGUGUAUCAAGUCCCUUUUUAUUUGAUGACUUUAAUCGAUGAACGCGAUCCAUGGCGAAACAAUCUUAAUGAAACAUGGCCAGCCAUUUGUACUUUCUUGGCUUUUAGUCAAUGCUUCCUCUCCCCUGCGCUAUAUGGAGCAAGCCUGUUCAUGAUGAAAGAAGAAGAUAUGGCUUUAACUGCCAGGACGCACAAGAACAAUCCCCAAUACCAGCAUGUUCCCACACAUUCGCUCCAAGCCCAACUUAUCUAA